AUGGCCCAUCCUCCCCAUACUCGCUCUACAAAUCCUCAAGAGUAUUUCACCAAGAUUGCACAUGGCACUGCCAUUCAAGGUCCUACCAUCAAAUCUGAGCCAUCUAUUGAUGUCCCACGCUCACGGCAAAUUGGCACAAUUCUCCACACCCUGUCUGGCCAUGAAGUUAUCAACUUGUCUGUUGAUUUGCACCCCUCACCACCAACAUCUCCACCAUUGCGGAAGCAUUAUUGUAAUUCUGCCUCUCCUCUGCCUCAACACAAGCAUGCAGACAUGACAUUAGAAGAACUAUUGAGUUCCACCACACUGAAGGUAGCAUGGCAGUAUACUGUCAAGCAGCCACCAUCCAGCUCUAGUGGUGAGGAUGGUACUGAGAUUGAGUCGGCAGAUGAAUACAAGGAUACUGACUGA